GGGCAAAGGUGACCGUUGUAUUUGAAAACAUGGACCCUAACAAAGUGGAUGAAGCAUCUGACGAUAUGAGUGGUGAUGGAGAAAUGGCAUCUGUCAUGGGAUUCUCUGGGUUUGGUAAGAAGGCCCGCACAUUUGACCUUGAUGCCAUUUUUGAAUCGACACGUCGCACAGCCAUUGAGAGGACUCAGCGUGUAUUAGAGGAGCGGCAGAAGGUUGAAGAGAUGGAGGAGAAAGGGGAAAGCUCCAAAUCAGUAAAGCCAUCAGUCCACACCCAGAGAGACAAACCUGCAGCGGCUGCUUUCAGGAGAAAACAGGAGAGUGACAGCAGCAGUGACAGUGGGUCUGACUCGGACUCAGACUCGGAGCUUAUUGGUCCUCCGCUGCCUCCCCAAUACAAAGCCGAGGGAGGUGAUGAUGAACGUUCCCGAGUUCCUGGUCCAUCAGGCAGCACGGCUCAGAGUGAUGAUGAUGACGAUGAUGACGACGACGACGAGGGACAAGAUGAUGAUGAUAACCCAGUGAAGAAGAUUCCAGACACCCACGAGAUCACUCUUCAGCACGGCACCAGGACGGUAUCGGCCCUUGCCUUAGACCCCUCUGGAGCCCGUCUGGUUACCGGUGGUUACGACUACGAUGUGCGCUUCUGGGACUUUGCUGGGAUGGACCAGGCUCUGCAGGCCUUCAGAUCCCUCCAGCCCUGUGAGUGCCAUCAGAUCAAGGCCCUGCAGUACAGCAACACUGGUGAUGUCAUCCUGGUGGUUUCUGGCAAUGCACAGGCCAAGGUGUUGGACCGCGAUGGCUUCAAUGUCAUGGAGUGUGUGAAGGGAGACCAGUACAUCGUGGACAUGGCCAAAACCAAGGGCCACACAGCUAUGCUGAAUAGUGGCUGUUGGCAUCCGAAGAUUAAAGAAGAGUUCAUGACCUGCUCCAAUGAUGG